AGAUAAAUACACAGGAGGGGGGGGAAAAAAUCACAAAAAUAUGUUGUUUAAAAAAAAAAAAAAUUGGUUUAGGUGAGUUUAACCUUUAUCCUUUAUGGGUUGUGUGUAUGUGGUCUGGCUGGUCCUGUGUUUCACUUUACAACACUGUUGUCAGUGCAUGUAGAUGGAGCAGUAGGGCGGUGGCCAGUGAAUGAAUGAUCAAAGCCUCUUUAAAGGCUCGUGGGCGGUGCGUGUUUCUGUAUUUACACUGAGCCGCUCCGCCCUGCAGGCAGCACAUAGAAAACUGUCUGCGGGCCGGUGGAGGGAUGAAACAAGUGGAAGGAGAUGUAGCAAGACGGGCACGCAUUAAUAACAACUCCUCCACCACCACCAACACACACACCUCGUCAACUCCUCUCUCUCUCUCUCUCUCUCCACCGCUCACCAGCAUCCUCCUCUUGGCAUAGCGAGCAUUAGCGGUGCAGCAUCGGAGCUUCAUGGCCGCGACUAUGGCGCUGAGCGGCGGCGGUGGAGGCUCCGGCUGCAGCGGGCAGGAGGAGCACUUCUUCCCGCUGCAGAAGACGAGUCUGCCCGCUGGGUUCCCUCUGGAGGACUCGGCGCUGUUUGGGUUGGACUGCAAGAUCACAGACAAGACUGGACACAACGACUACGCACAGGCAAAGUGUGAGAUGGACAGGUAUCUCUCCCCUCUUCCCCUUCCAUCUCAUGCGGACGGCCAGCAGAAGUCACAGAGAGACGGUGCAUCUACGCUGGACCAGUUCUUCACUGGCGAUCACAACGGGGCUCCCUACACCCUCAACAUGAAUCUUUAUUUCCCCGACGCUGCCUACCUGAGGAUGGGCUUGUGUCAGCAAGUGCGGCACCCUCAGCACCAGAACCACACGGGUCUCGCCCAUAUCAAAACAGAAUCUGCCUCCCCGUGUUUCUCCCCCAACAUACAGCUGCACUGCCCCAGCACGACGCCCACCGGUAGCUGCAGCACAUCUGGGCACGGCCCCGGCAGUAUUGCCAUGGAAACCUCAGCCAUAAACAUGUCGUUAACAGGGUUACCGGACUUCACCAGUGUUUUCAACCAGUCGGGAGGCAGCCGCGACGGCGAUCCGGUGCCGGAGGUGUUCAUCAAACAGGAAAUGUCACCGCAGUUCGAGCAGCACGCUCUCCACCACCAUGACAACAGCGGCUCGCUGUUUCAGCUACUAAACUCCGGCUUGGACCAUCACCAUGGCAACGGUAUGGAGGCUCAGCAUCAGCAGCAGCAGCAGCAUCAUCAUCAUCAUCAUCAGCAGCAGAUACAACACACUUCCACUUCCACACUCCACACGCCUUUCCACGGUUUGCCGGUAGCUUCUUCUGCAUCCCAGCAAGAGCAGACUGCCAAGCCUGCCUACUGCGGCCUGGGUGGCGGGGCGUACACUCAUCCUCAUGCUCAGGCGCACCCCCAUUUCCUCCAGCAGCAGGUGCCCUACCUGCCGCCCUCACCGCCGAGCUCAGAGCCCGGCAGCCCCGACAGGCAGAAGGAGCUGCUCCACACUAUGUCCCCUCCUCCCUCAUAUGCAGCCACCAUCGCCUCCAAGUUGGCAGGUAGUACCCCUGGACUCGGACCCGACCCGGGACCAGGCAGCCUAACCCUGCCCCUCGCUACAGGUCCCACGCCGGUCCCAGGCCAAGCCGCAGGCCUUCCCCAAGGGCCUGCGACAACCCCAGUCCCAACCCCAGCUCAGACCACCGUGCCUGCCCGCUACAACCGGCGGAACAACCCGGACUUGGAGAAACGACGGAUCCACCACUGUGAUUACCCAGGCUGCAAGAAGGUCUACACCAAGUCGUCCCAUCUGAAAGCCCACCUCAGGACUCACACGGGUGAGAAGCCGUACAGGUGCACGUGGGACAGCUGCGACUGGCGCUUCGCUCGUUCGGAUGAGCUGACGCGUCAUUUCCGGAAGCACACGGGCGCCAAGCCCUUCCAGUGCGCCGUCUGCUCGCGCUCCUUCUCCCGAUCCGACCACCUCGCCCUGCACAUGAAGAGACACCAGAACUAGCAGCGUUUACACACACACACACACACACACACACACACACACACACACUACAAAAACACAAGCACUAUCUUGAAACACACACUCCCAUCUCCCACAAGUUACAAGCUGCCUGAUGACACCACAGCUGCUCCUGGUGCUGCUAUCCUGUGCUGAAAACGGUACGAUAGCCUAACAAACAUGUUGUUUUCUUAAUCCAGAGUGGGACGAUUCCGAGGUUGUAAAGCAGAGAGAUAACGGCCAGAUGAAGUUCCUGGUCCCUUAAAACCUCCAGAUAUACUUGGUAUAGGUUUCUUUGGAUGAAUGCAAAGAAGAAAGAAUUGUAACAAAAAGAAAACGGUAGCUCCAAAAUGUGUCUCCAGUCCAAUUGGACUCUUUUGUGUGACUGGAAUGAAAGCACUUACCACUCAAAACUUGUACAUCUUUUGUCUCUGUCCUAACAUAGAACUGGCUUCAUAUUUGUCUUUUCAUAAAGGAGAAGCUUUUGUUUGCAAAACUAGUCAAGCCAAAUCUUUGUUUACUCCGUGGUUUGUUAGUUUGUUCAUAUAACUGGAAUAUCCAGGUGUUUUUUUUUUUUGUUUUUUUUAACCAAAUCCUUUGGUUUGCACUAGAAUUGCUAAUCUAAGCCUUUUUUGGCCCAUGCAUCUCAUUCACCACUGGAACGAUCAUUAUCACUACUGGACUGAAUCUCCACACAAAUCAUUGCUGUUCAGAUAUUAAAAAUUGAAGGCAUUUAUACUCUGGAGAGAGGGAAGAUAGUGCAGGAAAAAAAGACGAGGGAGGGGUGGAGAUGAAGACAUAGGAAGAUUUUUUGUUUUUCGAGAGAGGAGAUCUGAGGACGACUGAGAAACAGAGGAAGGUGGAUGGUUGCUAAAGAGCAGCAAUUAGGUGAUGAAUUAUUCAUGUUGUCUUUCGGUGGAUUUCCAACCAGAGAAAUGUAAGCAGAACCUGUAGACGUAUCCCAGAAUUCACUCAGUUCAAACAGAAUUGACUGUAUUUGAUGCACAAGCUUGAAUUAAGCGUCUUCAAAAUACAAUUACUGUAUCUCAUCCAGCCUUUUUUUUUUUUUUUUUUUUUACUUCUUUAAAAUGUUUUAACCAAAGUAUCAUCGUCAUCACAGACACCUUAUUAAGUGCCUCCUCUGAUUUAUGUGUUUUUGUUCAGUGGUAGCAGAGCUGUGAUCAACGUAGACAGUACUUUUAAACACAUGUGGUGCUGUUUUUAUUUCUUAAUCUAUUGAAAUCUCUAGAAAAAAAGUGAAUUUCUUUUUUUAAAUUACAAAGUUUAUCCAUCAUUCAUUGUGAUUUAACAGGCCAGGCCACUUUAGGGACAUCCUGACAUUAUGUGGAAAUUUUUUUUAUUUUUUAUUAAACUGACAGUCAGUCCUCUCUCUGAGGGAUUUCACCCUCUGACUCUGUACACACUAACUUGCAAUUUGGCUCUAUCAGUCAAUCGAACAUGGACAUGUGUUUUGUUAAAGGACAAGUUCACAUUUUUUCUUAAAACAAUAUGCCCAUAUGUGCAUUGCGAGAGUUAUUGACUGCUGCAAGUGUUCCUCAAGCGACGUCCUCGUUCUGUGUAAAAAUGCAUUGUGAAGUUCAGCUGAAGAUAAUGUGAGGCUUCAUCAUCUUUCAAAGUUAUUAGUGCAAAAUUCACUCUAUGCCAGCGAUUAGCCAUGUUUCCAUAAACAUAUUUUUAUGCACAUUUGAAGUAUCACAUUAGAAAAGCUGUAUGGGAACGGCAAAGUUCGAUAAAACUUCCUUGAUUACGCAAAAACGUUUUAACACUCACUUGAGAAAGAGUUGACGCGCAGAAUGGGAUGUGGAAACAUUUUUGGCAAAUGAAGUCUGACGUAGCGAACAUUUAACCCACACGACUGAUCAGCCGUUUCCGCUUGGGGCGGCUGUGGCUCAGGAGGUAGAGCGGGUCGUCCACUUAUCGGAAAAUCGGUGGUGCAAUCCACGGCUCCUCCAGUCCGCAUGUCAAAGUGUCCUUGGGCAAGAUACUGACCCCCAUAUUGCUCCCAAAGGCCGUGCCAUCGGUGUGUGAGUGUGUGUGAAUGAGUAUUUAGAUUAGAUCCUGAUGGGCAGGUUGGCACCUUGUAUGUAUGGCAGCCAUCAGUGUAUGAAUGUGUGUGUGAAGGGUAAAUGUUGGCAAGUAGUGUUAAGCGAUUUGAGUGGUCGCUACUCCGGUUUACUGGAGGAUUACAUCCAUGCUUAAAGCGUAGCCUAUACCGCCAACUUCUGACAAAACUCGUUUUGCAUUGCUGAGUUUAUUCGCUCCAAACCAGUUGACGGAAGUUUCACACUUCUUUUUUGCGACAUAUCAAAAGCUCGCUUAAAAUUCGCUUGACAAUUGAACGGAAAUACGACUAGUGUUGUUGUUGAGCUGUUGUAAGGAAUAACACAAAGAGAGGAUACAAAGUACUGAAAAGUAGGGGUGUAACGAUACAUUGAUCAGUAUCAGUGAACAACAAUCCAAUAUCAUCGAUUCAAAGGGAAAAUAUCGAUACUUAUCGUCAUCUUUAAGAUACACCUUUAUUUUGAAAUUCACCCUUUAUAUUUAUUGUUUUCAUUCAAUUUUUUUUAUUGUUUUCCAUUUAAAUGUCUAAAAGAGCCCAGUAAUAAAACUGUCAAAUCAUGUUUUAGUUGAUUUUUUGUGAGUUGAUAUAAAUGUAACUGAUGGGCAUAUGAUAUCGUUUCUUAUCGAUCGCAGAACCUUGAAUUGAAUCGGAUCAAAAUCAUAUCAUGGCAGACUUUGUGAUAUCAGCAAAUAUCGUAUCGUUGUCCAAAGAAUCGAUAAUGUAUUGUAUCGUUAUGAAACUUACACCCCUACUAAAAAGAAAGUAACAUUGGAGUUUAUUAUCAGCGUAUAGUAACUUUGGUUGAAGUCAUUCUGUCCCCCAUCACUUGCAUUAAAAUCGCUCUAGGAACGGAUCUCGUCACAGUCGGUGGGGACAAUAGGAGCAAUUGCCUCAAUCCAAAACUCUUUUAAUGUACAUAUGGACACGAGAGUAGCGUUUUAAGACAGACUUGAAAAAAUGUGAACCUGUCCUUUAAUAUACCCUUGAAUGUCCAUUUUGAUGGUGUGAUUUAGUCUGCGCCUAUAACUGUAUUUGUUCAUUCACUGCAGGUAGCAUAAAGAUAAUAUAGCACUGUAAUGUAUCAUGGUAAAUCUGACUAUUUAUUUGAUUGUGUAGAAGUGGGGGUUGUAUCAGAUCAACCGUCUUUCUCCCCAGCAAAAAUGCCUUAAUGUAAAUAUAUGCACUGUAAAUAACUAUUGAUUUUUUUGUUUGUUUUCCUCUUUUGUUAUUGUUUUGUAAACAAAAGGGCAAAAAAAGAGAAAAAUGCCCUGCAUCCAAAAAUAUUUGAGCCUUUUUUUCUUUGGUUUUGUUCUCUUGUCAAAGAUAUUUUGAUGCCAUUGUUUUAUAUAUUGUCCUUCCAACAACUUAUUUUGUAGAUUUGUUUUCUUCCUAGUUAAACGUUCCAAAGACAAAAGUUGUUUUUUUCUUCAACUGAGUGAAACCGAUCCUAAUAAAGUCAACUGACACUUUUACAGA